AGUUAUAACUGUCUUUACAAUUUAAAAUGUCAGUACAUUGAGAGAAAAAAGUAAAUGCAUUUAUAACACUUCAAUUAUAAUUUGUUGUCAUUUUCUGUGACAACUAUAUAUAUUUUUUAGUAAGACUGUAAAUGUAACUAUUACUAACAUUACAGCAGUACUAAAUAAACUAUAAAAAUGAAGCUCUUAAUCACAAUUAUUUUACAUAUAAUUAUAAAUACUUUUCAGUAUAAUUUUUCAAAGAUCUUUAAAUGUACUUUUUAAAUAAUCUUCAGGAUAGUGUCCAUCCUAACUGUGUUUGUGAAUAAAGCACUCCUGUCGAGCGAUACUGUGAAUUUGGAUGCUCCUCUAUUUGUAACUUGGUUUCAAUGUAUAGUGAGUGUAGCUAUCUGUAUUACUUUACGUAAAAUGUCUCAAUGGUUCCCAGAUUGCAUUGAAAUUGCAGAAGGUAAUCCGUUUAAAAAGGAUACUUUGAAAAAGGUAUUGCCAUUGUCAAUCCUGUUUACUGCAAUGAUAGCGACUAAUAACUUAUGCCUGAAAUACGUCGACGUGGCAUUUUACUACGUGGGCCGUUCGCUAACAACAGUAUUUAAUGUCGUGUUUACCUACCUUUUACUCGGACAAACGACAUCUCUCAAAUGCGUAGCAUGCUGCGCAGCGAUUAUCGCUGGGUUCUGGUUAGGGGUAGAUCAGGAACAUGUAGCGGGUUCUCUGUCGGUCCUCGGAACACUUUUCGGCGUGCUUGGAUCGCUGUCGUUGUCCUUAUAUUCUAUCCGUAUGAAACAGACGCUUCCGGUCGUGAAUCAGGAUAUCUGGUUACUCUCCUACUACAACAACGUGUACAGCAUUGUCAUCUUCGUUCCGUUAAUGAUAAUCAGCGGCGAGCACGCGACUGUAUAUAAUUACGAGAAGCUUGGACAUCCCUUCUUUUGGGGUGCCAUGACAAUCGGCGGGGUAUUCGGCUUCGCCAUCGGAUAUUUCACCGCCCUUCAGAUAAAAGUCACGUCGCCUCUGACGCACAACGUUAGCGGUACCGCGAAGGCGUGCGCCCAAACGGUUUUAGCGACCUAUUGGUUCAACGGGGAGAAAUCGUUUCUUUGGUGGAUAAGCAACGUCGUCGUCCUGGCUGCCAGCGCGUCUUACGCGAGGAUCAGGCAACUGGAGUUGAGUAGAGAAUACAAAGCCGAGACGCAUCAGCUUAAAGUGUAACAAUGUGUGAUAAGGUACAACAAAUUUUUAUAUUUAAAAUGUUCAAAAUGUAUAUUUAAAAUUCUAGACAAGCGUGUAUAUAAA